CUCAGGAAGUGAUGUCACUUCCUUGACCCCACCCCCCCAGAACUUGGAACCCCUGUAACCAGGCACCCACAUUCUAGUCCGGUACAGGGUUACUUGGGUCAGGACAUUGGACACAGAACGAUGUUUUCCUGCUGUCUUCCUACUUCCUGGGGCUCUGGGUACCAGAAACCCCAGGAAAAUGGCUUGUUCCCAUGCUGCAGACAUUGGCUCAAACCUUGCCCCCAAUGCCCCCCCAGGGCAUUUCGAGGGAGAUGCCAUAAGAAUGCUCCAGAGGAGAUGGUGCAGGAGCUGAAUGUCGACAUCCCCUGCUCUCCUUCCUUGAAGGACAAGAAGCCCCACAAGGCCAACAGACUCUGGCGCUGGCUCAGGGGGAAAAAUGGUUCAACCAGGAAGAGGAGGAGGACCUCGGUGCUGUUGGCCAACCGGGCCAACAAGCUACAGGGCGCAAUAGAUCACCUGGUGCCUGCCGUCAUAAGACAAGAUCUACACUAUGUCCACAUCUUUCUGGACACAUACCGCGCCUUUGCCACCCCCCAGGAGGUGCUGGACCUCCUAUUUGCAAGAUUUGGAUGCGUUUACUCCACCUAUGACGAGGUCGGCGGACCCCAGGAGCAGUGCAACAUGGCCAUCUAUGCCAUCCUGAACACGUGGAUGGAAAAGUAUCCAGGGGAUUUUGUGCAGCCUCCGGAGUUUACCAGCUUGCAUGCGCUGCUGGCCUACCUGCAGGUCAAUGUUCCGGGCUCGGACCUGGAGCGCCGGGUCCAGCUUCUGCUCUCAGAAAUGCAACACGUUGAGGCCACAGAGCCAGAGGCUGUGGGUGAGGAGGACUUGGGGUGACUGAUGUGGGCCUGAGGAGGAGACAGGGUGGGCCACCCUGAGGAAGCCUCCGUAGAUUGUAGUUAGGCUGAGAGGAGUGAGUCGUCUCAGAUCACUGUCCCCAUGGGCAUCUGUUGGGGACACCU